AGUAACUCCUGUUUCCAAGUUUCUAGUUCUGUUGGCUGACGUUCUUCACAUUUUCCUUUGUUAUAUAAAAAAAAAGAAAUUAAACUAUCGUGAGAAGGAAGGAAGGAAGGAAGGAGGGUGGAAUCAGAGAGUCGGAUAGAGAGAAUCUCGAACGACCUCACCUUCUCACCACACCUGGCUGGGAAUCUCUCAUUGUUUUUAAUUAAUUGGUUGAAUAUGUCAAAAGUCAAAUUGAAGCUGUAUGUAUGAUUGAUCUCGAUCAUACGAAAUGGGGAGUUGGAAUCUGAGCAGAAGUCCUAAAUAAAUGUUGUUUAUGUGUCUAGUUGCUGCUAGGUUUGGUGUGGAGACGAACAACAAAUAAAUAAUUUUAAUCUCUAAUUUGUUUGUUGUGGUUAGAAGAAAGCAUCAAAAUCAAUUUGGUUCUUCUUCUUCUUCUUUCGUCUCUCAAAAUAUCAGUUUGUUGGGCUCUCACUUUCUCUCUUUCGUUCCGAUUUCGGUUGGUUUGACUUCACUUGAAGCAACCUUCCUUUCUCUCUCUCUCUCUUCUUCUUUUUAUGAUAUGCAUUUUUGAUUGUCAGAAGAAGACCGCAUUGUAAUUUUUUUAAAAAUAUCAUCAUUGCCAUAUGAAGAAGUCGAAUUUGGGAUUAGGGUUUUUCUUGUGCUUAUUAUCGAUUCUGGUUACGCAACAAGCCAAUGGACUCAGACCCAUCAGAGACACCUCUCGAUCCUCCUGGGGCGAUCAGUGGCUCUUUGGUAAAAAAGAAGUAAGCAGCGGACCAUUUUCCCCUUGGAAUAUAACAGGAACUUACAGAGGCACCUGGAAGUUUCAAGAUACUGUAAAUAGCUCUUCCAAGUUCCCUGACUUCCGUAAUCAAAAUGGCAACUCUGUCAUCGAGUUAGUCACUAGUCCUACUAAGAUUACUGGUGUCCACUAUGUUCAGGGUGCUGUUGUUUUCCAUGACGUUUUUGACAAUGAACACAAUGUUGGCGGUGCCCAAAUUAAAGUCGAAGGUGUUUAUAUCUGGCCCUUCCGUCAGCUCCGUCUUGUUGCUAACAGCGGAAAGAAUGGUGAUUCAGGCCUCGAAGACGAUUAUCUUCUCUCCAACCCCUAUCAUCUGCUCGGCAUUUUUUCCUCUCAAGUACUUCAAGAAUCUCCAAGAGACAGAAUAAUGUCGAAACAAAAGGCUUCUCCAAUACAUGAGAUGGAGAAGCAUUGUAAUAUCGAAAUAGCAGCUCAGAUAUCCCGAGCCUCUUCUACUCAAAACAGUGGAGACAAAGAUUAUUUUCACAUUGAAGGAUUGAUGGAAAGUCCUGCAGUAGAUGACGACGGAGAUUGCUUCUCCCCCUUGUUGCUCAAUGCAACCUCCAUUAACGUUGAAGUCUACUACAACAAAGCUGUCAACUAUACACUGAUGGUCACUUUUGUCUCCUUCCUCCAGGUUCUUUUGUUGAUACGGCAAAUGGAGCACAGUAACACACAAUCUGGUGCUGCAAAGGUCUCCAUUGUAAUGAUCGGGCAGCAAGCCAUCAUGGAUUCUUAUCUAUGCCUUUUACAUCUUACAGCCGGGAUAUUAGUUGAAUCAUUAUUUAACGCGUUUGCAACAGCAGCGUUCUUCAAAUUCGUAGUGUUCUCGAUAUUUGAGAUGAGAUAUCUUCUGGCCAUAUGGAAAGCAACCCGGCCUUCAAACAGCGGUGAGGGCUGGGAGACAAUGAGGCGUGAGCUCUCCUUUCUCUACAGCCGUUUCUAUGGAAUCCUACUUGGAGGCAUAUUGAUAAUGUAUGAGCUCCACAACUACAUGCGGUGGAUCCUCCUUGUCAUGUACUCAUUUUGGAUUCCGCAGAUAGUUGCAAACGUUGUUCGUGAUUCUAGAAAGCCUCUGCACCCUUAUUAUAUCUUGGGGAUGACGGUUACACGGCUUGCCAUACCGCUGUAUGUAUUUGGAUGCCCCAAGAACUUCAUGCGUGUAGAGACCAGCAAGGCCUGGUGUAUAGGCCUGUGCGCGUUCAUCGGGUUUCAAGCUGCUGUUCUUCUUCUUCAGCAUUAUUUCGGGUCGCGUUGCUUUGUUCCUCGGAAGAUGCUACCUGAGAAAUACAACUACUACAGACGAUUGGAUCAUGAUGUAAACAGAAGCAGGGACUGCGUAAUCUGCAUGGCCACAAUUGAUCUCAGGAGGCGCACUAAUGAUUGCAUGGUAACGCCGUGCGAGCAUUUAUUCCACUCGGGAUGCUUACAGAGAUGGACGGACAUAAAGAUGGAGUGCCCAACAUGUCGUCGCACACUUCCUCCAGCUUAAGACUUAAGAGGAUCAUCUCUGCUUCGGUUUCCCUAGGGAGUCAUCUAUUAACUUCACCACAUUAAUUGCAGAUGCAUUUGGGGUGCUUCUUUGGUUUCAGGCUUUGGGAAGAGAUUAGAAGAACACAAAACAGGGAUAGAAUCUGUAGAAGACGUAUUUUGUAAGAAUGAAUUGUGUAAUAAUCUCCAGUCCAAUCUCUGUAGUGCAAUAUUCAUUUGGCUCUUUUGGUCAUUCUUUAAGAAAAGUUCUUAGAUUCUUCAA